AUGUUUAUCAACCGUCCCAACCACGUCCUUGCCAACCAACGUCAUUUCCAGGCCCCUUCACAUACUCCUCUUUGGCUCAAGGGUCCCAGAGAUAAGUUCAUCGUCUCCAUUGUCUUUGCUGGUCUUGGUAUCGGACUCUCUGGUGCACUUUACGGCUCCUUCAAGAUGGCCAAGGGCGAAAAAUAA